GAAGGAUAAGGAGGAAGGAGAAGAGGCUAUCCUGGAGAACGUGGAGGACAAGGAGAAGGAGGGGGAGAGGGAGGAGAAGGAGGAGAAGGAGGAGAAGGAGUCGGGUCCUGAAGGAGGCGGUGAGGUGGAGAAGAAGGAGAAAAUCACAGAGGAGGAGGCCAAAGCUCCCAAAGCACCACGUCGACCCAAGACCAUGCAGAUCAAAGUCACCCUGCUGGACGACACUCUGUUUGAGUGUGAGCUGGACAAACAUGCCACAGGUCAGGACCUGUUCGCCAAGGUGUGCGACCACCUCAACCUGCUGGAGAAGGACUAUUAUGGUCUGGCCAUCUGUGAGAUGCCUGUUGUGAAGACUUGGUUGGACUUGAACAAAGAAAUCCGCCGGCAGGUACAAGGUGUCAUCUACAACUUCACCUUCAACGUGAAGUUCUAUCCGCCGGACCCAGCGCAGCUGUCUGAGGACAUAACAAGGUACUACCUAUGUCUCCAGCUGCGGAAGGACAUCCUGCAGGGUCUGCUUCCCUGCUCCUUCGUCACGCUGGCGCUGCUGGGCUCCUACGCCCUGCAGUCGGAGCUGGGCGAGUACGACCCCGAGGUGCACGGCAGCGAGUACGGCAAGGACAUGAAAAUGGUCCAGGGUCAGACCAAGGAGCUGGAGGACAAGAUGAUGGAGCUGCAUCACACGUACAAGUCAAUGAGUCCGGCCCAGGCAGACAUGAUGUUCCUGGAGAACGCCAAGAAACUGUCGAUGUACGGCGUGGAUCUCCACCAGGCCAAGGAUCUGGAUGGUGUUGACAUCAUGUUGGGCGUUUGCUCCAGUGGUCUGAUGGUCUACAAAGACAAACUGAGGAUCAACCGCUUCCCCUGGCCCAAAGUCCUCAAGGUCUCUUACAAGCGCAGCAGCUUCUUUGUCAAAAUAAGGCCCUCGGAGGUAGAACAGUAUGAGAGCGCCAUUGGCUUCAAACUACCCAAUUACAAGGCAGCCAAGAAGCUGUGGAAAGUGUGUGUGGAACAUCACACCUUCUUCAGAUUGACCUCCACUGAGAUGGCCACCACUCCCAGGAAGUUCCUGGCGUUGGGCUCCAAGUUUCGCUACAGCGGUCGCACUCAGGCUCAGACCAAACAGGCCAGUUCUCUGAUCGACAGACCGGCUCCUCUGUUCCAGCGCUCGUCCAGCAAGAGGAACUCACGCAGCCUGGAUGGAGCCAUGGCGUCCACACCCGACAACAAAUCCACCCGCCCAGUCAGCGCUCCAGUCAUGUCGCCGGCGUCCCCCGGGGAAGCGUCGCCGUCACCGCUGCUGACGAUCCUGGCACGCUCUGACCGGCGUGACGGCAGCACGCCGAAGAGCCACCGCUCCGCUGACAGGAAGUCCGAGUUGAAGAAGGAAAGCCGCGGGGGCGAGCACGCCAGGAGCCACAGCCCGAGACCAGACUCCACUCCUGAAAUCAAGACAGUAGCGAGGCGAGAGCGGAGACACUCCCCCUCUGUGUCCACUGCCAACGGGGAAAGAGAGAAAAGGAGCCAGCACUCUCCUCAGGACAAAACAAAGGCGGAGGUUGCACGAGUAAGAAAGAAGAGAGCAAAGAAACUUGAGGGAGAAAGUAUUUAUAUCAGACAUAGCAAUUUAAUGUUGGAGGACGUGGACAAGACCCAGACGGAGAUCAUGCGCCACCACACGAGCAUCAGCGAGCUGAAGAGGAGCUUCAUGGAGUCGGUGCCGGAGCCUCGUCCCAGCGAGUGGGACAAGCGUCUGUCCACCAACUCGCCGUUCCGCACGGCGAGCUUCAACGGCAAGCUCCAGCCAGCGUCUCCCGUGCUGAAGACCCAGACAAUCACCAUCUCCGACGUCACCAACUCCCUGAGAGGACACGUGACCUACAAGGACAUCCCCAUGGUCCACACUGAGACCAAGACCAUUAUGUAUGAGUCGGCACAGCCGGUGGACAGCCUGGCAGAGAGGGACUCAGGAGUGCUGCUGAGUGCCCAAACCAUCACCUCGGAGACCAUCAGCACCACGACCACCACCCAGAUCACCAAGACGGUGAAAGGAGGAAUCUCUGAGACUCGCAUCGAAAAGAGAAUCGUCAUCACCGGCGACACGGAGAUCGAUCAUGACAAGGCUCUGGCUCAGGCCAUUAAGGAGGCGAAGGAGCAGCACCCGGAUAUGUCGGUUACCAAAGUGGUCGUGCACCAGGAAACGGAGAUCGCACCGGAGUAACACGGACUCAUCCUUGGCGAGACCUCUCACCUGCCCCCCUUUCCUUGCGUCUCCAUCACACCGUGUUACCUCAGCACCCCUCCCCCCCCACACAAGCCAUUGCACCCAAAUGCACUGCCUUUCCGACGUGAAACUCCAGACGACAUCAGAGGGAACGAGCGUCAACGAUGAACGAAGAACUUUUAAGCUCCACAAGUAUGGAGUUCGGCCUGAAGGAGACAGAAAAUUCCCAAGAACCAUCGCAGUAUUCCCCACAAUCCCCAGCUUGUUCCACUCACUGCCAAAAGUUCAACCACUGGACUGACAAAAAAAAAGAAAAAAUCUUUUUUAAAGAGGAAAAAGAAAGUAAAGUACAGCAUUUGUGGAUUUUUCCCUCUCCGUUUUGUCUGGAGAUUUUAAGCAAAUUUUCAUGGGCAUUUGGUCUUUUAAUCUUGAGAUUACUGGUACUUUAUUUUUCUACGGUUUUUCUUACCAUCAGAAUUGGUUUCCAACAACCUGGACGUGAAGUGUUUUAUAAAACGUGUUCCAGAAAAAAAAAAAAAGCGUCAGCAAAAAGGGAUUGUGGGUGAUCUUUCUUGGGAUUGUACACAAUUUACGAGUUGAUGAGGAUCCCUCUCGAAUUUGAGCACGAGUUUGGUGUCAUUUCUUGUACAGAAAAUAUUUAUUUUCCCUCUCAAUGUGAAAAAAAUAUUUUUUCAAUUCAUGUAUAAAAAAAAAAAAGAAGAUUGAUUUUACCAAACCGGGGCGGGGGGGCAACUACUCCUUUCACCAUAUUUAAAGCUCUGACUUGAUCAUGUGUUGAGUCAUUUUGACAUCUUUUUGAUUGUUUUAGUUGUUGUUAUUGUUGUAGUGCUUGUGUCACUAGAACAGGGCUUAAUCAGGACCAAGGAGACAGCAGUGUAAUGAAAUGAUCUUUUCUAUAUUUAUUCCCAUCCCCUGUCUUCUUUUUGUGUGUUUUUGCAUUUUAGUUAAUACUCAUCAGCACAGUCGUAUGUAGCCUCGAGCUUUUUGUACCAAGCAUUCCAGUCACCACAUACAGUUUUAGUCAUUUAUACUCACUGAUAUCAGCAUCUACAGUGUUUCUGCAUCAUUUUUCACUUUCUACUUUUCUACUACAUGGGCAGUGUGCUAUCGGCCAGAGGGGGAUUCAAGUGGCUAUUGUGAUUUCAUGACAAUCGGACGGAGGCAGUACUUGUAAUUAAUGUGUAUCAUGUCAUUACGCUCAUUAAUGACACCAGUUUCUAAUGUAGUGCAAUCAAGUGAACCUUUUUUUUUUGCUCAUGCUUCAAGGGGAAUUCCACGUUUAAAAAUGGGUCUGAUGAUGCUUUCAAAUGGGAUUCUAUAAUUGUGUUUAUGAUGUUUGGCAUCCAAAACACCAGAGGUUACAUUGAAGUGCAGAAUAUGAACAGAGGAAAUACUAGUCCAUUAAGAAAUCUUUCUUAAUAUAAAUGAAAUAAUUCCAAACUCUAUACAACUAAAGUAAUAUGAACAGAUCUGGGAGCAUUAUGACAUCAGAAAACGUCAGUAUUAUAACAAAGCUCAUGCAGCUGAUCCACGUUUAGUAUAUUUGAACAGAAUGCUGUUCAAUAAUGAUAAAGUGGGGGUUGUUUUAUAUUGCUUUAUAAAAAAAAAUCAGACAAAAUACAUUAAAAAGAUAAAAAUCCAAUGUUCAGAUACAUUUGGGAUGUAAGGUUACAAUUGAUAAUGCUGGAAUAAGUGUCUGUUUACAUUGAUAUAUAUUGCUUUUGAUUCUAUUUCGCUGUUGUUUACAAGUAAACAGUUUACUGAGGUCUUCCUGAAUGCAAAGAAUGAUCACACACAAUGAAAAUCAUGAGCAAUAGUUACUUACUAAUAGUAAACUCAACCCAUAUUUUAAUAACCUGUCCAGAUAAAUGGUCUUAGAACAGUUUUUGUAUUUUGCGAUAAGUAAAAUGAUUUAUUAAUAAUAAUCAAUUUUGAUGAUAACUUACCUCAGGAAUGUGCACACAAUUAAGAUUUCACUUCACAUUUCACACCAGUUUGGAUAUCAUGGGUUAAACCGACGAACACAAACAACCUCAGCUCUGCUUUUUUAUUUCGUGGUGUUGGUCUUUGGGGAAUUCAUAUGGUGUUUUUUAGUUAGUAAUCAGUGGCAUAAUAGUAUCUUAUUAUCCGCAUAAAAGUACAUUUUAAUAUUUUUUAUACAUAGUUAAUGCUAGAGGGCCCAGGAUAUAACCUUGUGGAACCCCUGUACCUUAAGAACGCCUGACUGCACGGCACUGCUCAAAUUAAUGAACUGUAGUUCUUUACAGAAAUGUUUCUUUGAAUGUUUUAUGUGUUUAAUACAUGUAUAACAUCAUUUUCAAACUAUCAUGUUAACCUGUUUUAGUCUAAGAAUCAGCUCACAGGUGUAUUUAUACGACAAAUGUGUCCAGAUUCACCCUCCUGCUUGAUACACACUGCUCAUUCCAGACACUUUUUAUGACAUGUAAUUAACAUGUUUUGUCCAUAAUUAUUAUUAUUAUUAUUAUUAUUAUUAUUAUUAUUAUUAAUAAAUGCAACGCUUCUUUAGACCAUGACAUUUUGUACAGUCGUCCAAAAAUGUUAUAGUUCCAUGCUGUUGUAUUCACUGUGGCUCUCCCUUCUCUUGUUGGAAACAUGCAAGCCAACAUUUCACAGUUGUUUCUUGAAUGUGAAACCCUUGUUUUACCGUCACAAGAAGACAUGUAAUAAAAGAGCACCACACACAGAAAAGAAAACAAAUGUAGACAUUGUCUUUUUUUUGACUUUGCUGUGCUUCCACCUGGUGUCAUAAUUAUGGUUUCAUUGUUUCUUUCUGUA